AUGAACCGCGCCCUGGCCCUAGCAAAUAUUACCACCAACUACCAGCGGCCAGACAAAGCCCUGAUAGUAGCCAUGAGAAAUAAACAACAAGAUUGGGAGGCGCAAGCCAAAAAGAUAAUCGAGCGAGAAGGUCACAGCCUAGACCGAGAUUGGUCACGCAUCAGCUGGAAGCAAAAAGCCAGCAACAUUGUGCGGCUCAAGCUGCUGAAAGAUGAUGGCUACGACAUUACUCCGCUGACGAAGAAAGAAAGGGGAGCCAGUCGGACAUUGAUACACGAAAGCAGCACAUGUCGACCAGACACAAAUGCCUUUCUCCCUCAAAUCUCAAACACAAUAUACUGUCCAAACAACAAGACCCCAACUCCCCAUUUCACCCAGCAGCAAACCCACCCAAACACACCUCACACCCUCCUCCCUCAAAAGCGAAAGCACACACCCUCCCACCCCUCCCACCCUCGCAACACCAAAAAACGCCGCCUCCACUCCCCCCACCACACCACCCGCACCAUCCAGACGUCCGCCCUGCACGCCCUCAAACGGCAGCUCUGCCGCACCCUCUUCGCCUCCUCACGCAAAUCGCGCUCACGUUUCCACGCCUCAACAUCGCCAGCAACAGGAGGACCGCAAGUCCCGAUUCUCCGCUUGACGCCGCGGGCUGCUCCCUCUGCGUCCCGUGUCGUCUUUACGCCGCAGGCGCCCGGGCGACGGCCGAGUGGAGCGGAUGCGUAUAUCACGUCUGCGGCGUUUGAGCUGCUGGGACGGGAGAUGGCGUGGUUGGCGGCGAGUGCGGAUGAGGAGCCGUGUUUGGUUUGUGAUUCGGAUGCACAAGGUGAGGAGCAGGUCGAAUAUGGGUUUAGGUUGUUAGUUCAGAGUUGGGGAGGCGAGGCGGUGCUGGAGGGGGAGCCGCGGGUGCUGGUUUCUUUGCUGAGGUAUCUGCGGGAUGGCGAGUUGAUGCAUUUGGGGCGGUGGGCGGUGGGUGAUGUAGGGGAGGAUGGGGAAGGGGUGAGGGAUGUGGAGAUGAAGGUUGUGUGGAAUGAGCGGUUUCCUUUUCAUCUUAGUCCUGCUACGAGUGAGGUAUUGGGGAGGGUUGCUGCGGUGCUAGAGGAAGGGGUGGAUGAAGGGGGCGGGGAGGUGCGUGUGGGGGUUGUACGGCAGAUGGCGAGAUUUAGUGUUGGUUGA